AUGUUUACAGCUUCCCUGCCGACUACCCAAGGCAUGACAGCCGAGAUAGCCACGACGACUGCUAACAUCGGAUCGGAAGUACCUUCAGAUAUACCCUUCAUCAGCAAUGCUAGAUUCGACGAGUGCGAUUCGUCUAUCGCGCCAUGGGAGCUCUAUACCGGCGAGAACACCGCAUUUGUCGUCUCCGACGUGACACAUACCGGAUCGAAUUCCGCUUUCAUGAUCCAAGGGCAGAGUCCUCUCAUAGACUUCAUCAAGCAGCCGCUCAAGGGUUCCCUCACUGCUGGUGUUAUGUACCAUGCCCGCUUAGGUCAAUGCAAACUCCUUCUGCCCCGCUGUUGUGCUCAUAUGCUCAUAUCAAAAAUAACUAUUGGGAGGAAUCAGAGCCUAUCCUUCUUACCACGAGUGUAA